AUGGAUGACGUGUUGACUGUCGGCUUAAUCCCAAGUCCUGAGGUUCUCGGGGUCACCAUUGGUGUAGAUGGCAGCAGCAGCAGCAGCAGCAGCAGCACGUGUGGUAUAACGACAACGUGUGAAGAGGGUACAGCCGCACGCAAGCCCUGCACAUUCCCCAUCAACUUCCUGGACGAUGUUUUGUUCUUCCCGGCCUUGGAUGAAACCCGCACGGCGGCUAUCGAGACGGGCCACGUCAACCACGCCCGUGCGGCAGAGUACGAGAUCGGAGAAGCCAUCAAUAUCCAUCGCAUGGUGUUCUGCAAUUGCGCCAAGGACCGAUGUGGUCGCUGCGCGUUGUUCUUUCGGCCAGCUGGAGCCUUGGACGAGGCACAGGAUAAAUUAAGGGAGAGGCAUGUGAAAGCCUUUUUCGAAAGUGCGAGUGCGUAUUGGAGUUUGGGAUGA